GACAAGAUCUCGCGUGAACGAGACCAUAUUCAAGAUGGCGGCGCCCAGCGAAUGAUCAUUUUCGUCAGGGUGAUUUGUUAUUGAUUCAGAUGCAUAUUGUGUUAUUAAACGUAGCAGCAUGGCAGCUCCCAGCAAAAGUGGACUUGACAAGAAUAAUAAAUAUGACAGGCAGCUCAGAUUGUGGGGUGACCAUGGUCAGACUGCUCUGGAGUCAGCUCGAGUUUGUCUCAUCAAUGUAACGGCAACGGGGACAGAGAUACUGAAGAACCUCAUCCUCCCAGGUGUGGGCUCCUACACCAUUGUGGAUGGCAAUAAAGUUAGUGGUGAAGAUGUUGGAAAUAACUUCUUCUUAUCCAAAGAUAGCCUGGGGAGGAGUCUCGCUCAAGUAGCCACAGAAUUCCUGGCUGAGUUGAAUGAUGAUGUCACUGGUGACUUUGUUGAGGAGAGUGCUGAAAAUCUGCUACAGAGCAACCCUGAUUUCUUCACCACCUUCAGCAUAGUUAUUGCUACCAACCUGUCUGAGCGGACUCUGCUUCAGCUGGAUGAGUUACUGUGGGAGAAAGGUGUGCCACUGCUUGUGUGUCGCUGUUAUGGAUUCAUUGGUGAAAUGAGACUGGUGGUCAAAGAGCACACAGUGAUAGAAUCACAUCCAGACAGUGCUCAUGAUGACCUCCGACUGGACAACCCUUUCUCUGGACUGGUCCAAUACUGUGAUAGUCUUGAUCUUGCAAAUAUGACGAAAAAGGAACAUUCACAUACACCCUGGUUGGUAGUCCUGUACAAGUUCCUGCAACAAUGGAAAGAAGAGCACAAUGGACAAGCACCAAAAAACUACAAGGAGAAAACCCAGUUGAAAGCCAUGAUAAGACAAGGAACCAUGAAGAAAGAAGAUGAUAUCCCUGAAGAGGAGGAGAACUUUGAGGAAGCUGUACAACAUCUCAACUCUGCACUUGUUCCAACUUCAAUCCCAUCAGAAGUCAAAAAAAUAUUUGAAGAUCCAGCUUGCUGUCAUCUGAAUAGUGAGAGUAAAUCAUUUUGGAUCCUCGCCAAGGCUGUGAAAGACUUUGUACAAAUGAAAGGUUCUCUUCCUCUGAGAGGAACCAUUCCUGACAUGACAGCUGAUUCCAAGCGCUACAUCCAGCUGCAGAACGUGUACCGUGAACACGCAGAACGUGACAUGGAGGAAGUGAUGCAACAUGUCCAGAGAUUGCUGCAAGAGAUCGGGAAGGGACCAAAUACCAUCACAGAGAAGGAUGUCAGGUUAUUUUGUAAAAAUGCAUCUUUUAUGCGGGUUGUCCGAUGUCGCAGUUUAGCAGAAGAGUAUAACUCCUCCAAAGCAAACAUCGCAGAAUUAGGAAUGUGUUUGGAAGAUGAAGAGGGAGAUGAUUUGAUCUUCUACAUCCUCUUGCGAGGUGUAGACAAGUUUUAUGAGGAAUUCAACCGUUACCCUGGCUGGUACAAUGAUCAAGUUGAAUCUGACAUAAUUAAACUGAAGGCCUUCAUAGUCAAGUUACUUCACGACUGGGGACUGCCGCCAACUGUCAAGGAUGAUUUUGUCCAUGAAAUUUGCCGCUAUGGGGCAGCAGAGCUUCACUCAGUGGCAGCCAUGAUGGGUGGUGUCGCAGCCCAAGAGGUCAUAAAGAUCAUCACUGGUCAGUUUGUCCCUAUCAACAACUCUUUCAUCUAUAACGCGAUGAAGCAAACGUCCAAGACUGUGCAGUUAUAAGUGUUGAGGUAGAUGGACCAGCAAAACCUUGUACAAUUUGCUACAGCUACGACAACAUUUACUUUUUUACGUGUUGAUUCCAAAAUUGGAACACACAGGUUAACCAAGAAAUUGGUGGAUGCUGAACUAAAUCAGUAGUUAAGCUCGAAAGAUCAAUGAACAAUCUACAUCUUAUAUUGAAAAUUUUCGUUAAAAUACUGUUUGAAGGAAAUAAUGUUGUACCUUACAAAUAUUCUAUUUAUCAUGUUACAUGAACAGUAUACAUUUCUUUUACACUUGCCUAAUUAGCAAAACUGGAACGUGCCCUGAUACAAUAAAUCUUACAAAUUUGCAA